AUGACUGAUAACUCGUGUUUCGGCGAUAUUGUCAAACAUAAUAACAAUUUUGACCAAACAUUGGCCACAAGAAUCAGCCGCUACUGUAAAUGCAAAUCCGACGGUAGCGGUGGCGACGGUGGCGGCAAUGGCCACAUAUUGGUAACCGAAUCGGUCAAUUUGGUGGCCAAUUACGAUACAAAAUCGGGUACCAAUUUAGUGCCGACCGAAAGCUGGAUUUUUCCGCAACUCAAUCGACUCGACUUUCCAGUGGUCACCUAUCGCGACAAGAAUGACGGCGGCGCCGAAUAUAUGCUGGCCAUUCAGGAACCAAACUCGUUGACAAAGUGGACGUACGGCGGCAGCAGCGGUCAUACGGAUAUCAAGACACGAGUGGCCAAAUACUUUGUGAAUACCGCUAUCGCCGGUAUUAUUGCAUUGGACAACAAUAAUAACAACAACGGCCAGACACCACCGGCGGCGGCUGCCAUUGAGCCGAUUGUUGUCUACGCUAACGGCUAUUGUCAGAUAAUGAGCGAAGCCAUACAAACCCGACGGGUAGAGCAGCAGCAGUCGAUUAUCGCCGACGACGAGUCCAUUGAAUUUAUCGAUGGUUUUGUUGACCAGGAAAUCCAUGGCGCGAUUGUUGUCUAUUUGAUUACCAAAGCCGCCGCCACCGCCGUUGCCGACAAUGAUUCAACUAAUAAUAGUCAACAAAUUAAGUCAAUCUAUCGGCUAGUGUUCAGCACUGAUACCAAUGUAAUUGUUAAGACAGAUCGCCAACAAUUGUUAGCCAAUCAAUCGUUUACCAAUUGGUCACUCAGUUUGAAGACUAAAACGAUUUUGAGUGUCGCCAAAAAAUCGCCGACUAAUGAUAAUCAGUUUGUUAUUUAUUCAAUGGAUGGCCAAUCAGUUACCGAACUGUUUCCAUUGGUCGGCACAUCUAUGAAACGUAUAAUCAGUUUGUCGGCAACCCGUUUGGGCAGUGUCUGUAUUAUCGGUCAGACCAUGGAUGGCAACUACGGAAUGGAAUUAUGGGAAUCACAGUACGGGUCACGACUUGGUGGCCGACAACUAGUUUUACCGUACGAACCGAUGCCUAACGACUCGACAGUAAUAGACGAUACAGUUUUUAUAACAUGUUUUAAAGGUAUUCUAGCGAUUCCUCUAAGAGUACAGACCAUAAGUCUGUCGCAAAUUGUUGGCAAAGUUAAGACAUCAGCAAAACAAUCGGAUUUUGAAUCGGAUAUUAAUAAACAAUUGAAAAGUAUUUGCGAAGAUUUCCAAAAAGUCAAAACAGAUGAUUCGUUUGACGAGAUUAUCAAUCGGUUGACUGUAAUUGUCGAACAAAUGAAUGGUAUCAUAGCUGAAGAGUUUAUCUUGAAAUUGGUUCGAAUUUGUUCGACAAAAAUCCAGGAAAACCGAAAUAGCGAAGACCUGCGGACACUGUUGGAGACAUUGUUGUCGUUGCCGUUCAACGAUAUGUUUAUGAUAUCGCAGUUGAAAUCAUCACAAUUGUCUUGGGAUCAGAUUCUGGUAAUACUGGAACUCUUAUCCGAUUUAUUACCGUCGAGUAAACACCAGAUAUUCGAUUGGAUAUCUAUUCUAAUGGAUUCACAUAUUCAAGAAUUUCUAAUGAAUCCAAACGAUACAACUGUUAAAGUAUUGGAACAAAUCGAUAGUAAAGUAGAUCUUUCCGGUCAGUUGUUUGAAAAUAUGGAUCAAAUUAUGGCACUAAUGGAUAGAAUUAGACAUAAAGAUAAACUACUAAUCAAUGAUAACAAAUCAAUUCAACCAAUUGGUCAAUACUGUAUACAAAUAUUAAGAUUUUAAUUAUUAAUAAUAAUUAUUAUCAUUUAUUUUAUAUAUAUAUAUAAGUAAUAAAACAAACAAAUUUCAAGAUAUAA